AUGCUAAAGAAGGAGAUCAAGGAGGAAAUGAAGGAGAACAAGCCAAAUCGACUCGAAAAGCGUGACAGGAAGGAAGUUGCAGCUUCCGCUGAAACGAAUACUAUGCAGAAUGAACCGAACUCAAGUAGAUUCUAUUCUUCAAAUGUAAGGCAUGUAGAAGUCUCCCGAACAGAAUUAGCGGAUACUCGCUUCCCUUCCCAUAUCCACUAUUCAUGGAAGCCUCCACACAAUAUUCGGAAGCACACUUCCGCAGAAUUUGCAGCCCUUCGGCAAGAGAUGCGUGUUGAGGUGACGGGACGCAAUCUCCCUCCGAUUAUUCCCCAGUUCCACCAAAUGCGGCUUCCGAAAUUCCUUCAAAACUUACUGAGAUCUCUAAGUUUGACGAAACCAACUUCCCUCCAAAUGCAAUGUAUUCCCUCCAUCCUUCAAGGCCGCAACAUACUCAGUAUUUCGCCUCACCACUCCGGUAAACACCUCAGCUAUGCGAUUCCUCUCUUUCUCUUCAGCAUGGAAGAAGAAAUGAAGCUCCAAAUUCUUUCGAACGAAGGUCCCAUCGCCUUAAUUCUCUGCUCCUCCCGCGACGCAGCCUCCGCAGCCUACAGCCUAAAUCACGCGCUUCGCGACGAAACGCGACUCCAACUUCGCAUUUCGCUGUGUUGCGGCGGCGAUUCGAAGACGGACCAAAUCGCGCAGCUGCGCAAAGGCGUGCACAUCGUGGUCGGCACGGCAGGGCGAGUCCGCGAGCUGCUGGAAGAAGGCGCGCUCUCGCUGCACAUCUGCAAAGUGGUGUGUCUGGACGAGCUGGAUCGCUCGUUCCUGACCGAAUUGAAUCGAAUCUUCGGGUUUAUGACGCAUGUGCACCAGACGCUUCUGUUUCAUUCGGCUCUGAAAGGCUCGCUGCUUGAAGAUUUGAAGGAGCAGCUGCGCGAUCCGGUGGUCAUCAACGCGGCGUCGCGCGUGCAGACGCGGAGCGACGUGAAGUACGCGGUGGAGUUCGUGAAGUCGAGCGAGAAGAACGUAUUUGUAGUUCGGAACUGUCUGAACCAGACAGCUCCGCCUGUGCUGAUUGUUUGUCGCAAUGAAAAAAACGUUGAUUUUCUGCAGGAGUAUUUCCUGCUCAAAGGAAUCGAUUCCGUUUCCGUCACAAACACACGCACGCCUCAGGAGAAGGACGACGCGUUGAACGCGUUUCGGGAGGGCAAGGCGGAUGUGCUGAUCUGCACGGACGCCGCUCUGGGGAAUGAAACUAUCAAGGAAGUCAAUCAUGUGAUUCAUUACGAUAUUCCCUCGGACUACGCAGUGUUUAUGGAUCGUCUGAAUUUCCUGCGUCCGAAUGGAAUUUCGACGGCGCUUGUGGGAUCCUCGGCUCCGCAGAAGGCGGUGGUGGAGAUGAAGUUGCUUCUGCUGAAAACGGGAAGAGAGGUUCCGACGUGGCUGCAACAAGUGAGGGAUGAAACGGGAGUCCCAAGUGUUCAAAGUAACCGUUGUUUGUGGUGUGGAAGUCGGAAUCACUACAUCGUGAAUUGCCCCCAGUUGUAA